CGUGGUUCCACGCCCCUGGCAGCGGCCCGGGCUCUGCGCGGCUCCGCGCGGCAGGCGGCGGGCGGGGACCGGGGGCGGGAACGGCGGCAGCGGCGGCGGCCGGGAGAACGGAGGAGGCGGAGCAGGGAGCCGGGAGAGGGCUGGCCCGCGCUCCUCCUGCUGGCCGGGGAUUUUCCAGCCUGGGCGCUGACGCCACGGACCUCUCUGCGACCGUCGCGGACCAUGGGCGACAAAGGGACACGAGUGUUCAAGAAGGCCAGUCCGAAUGGAAAGCUCACCGUCUACCUGGGAAAGCGGGACUUUGUGGACCACAUCGACCUCGUGGACCCUGUGGAUGGUGUGGUCCUGGUGGAUCCUGAGUAUCUGAAAGAGAGGAGAGUCUAUGUGACGCUGACCUGUGCCUUCCGCUAUGGCCGAGAGGACCUGGAUGUCCUGGGCCUGACCUUUCGCAAGGACCUGUUUGUGGCCAAUGUGCAGUCCUUUCCACCGGCCCCCGAGGACAAGAAGCCCCUGACACGGCUGCAGGAGCGCCUCAUCAAGAAGCUGGGCGAGCACGCCUACCCUUUCACCUUUGAGAUCCCUCCAAACCUUCCAUGCUCUGUGACAUUGCAGCCGGGCCCCGAAGACACGGGGAAGGCUUGCGGUGUGGACUAUGAAGUCAAAGCCUUCUGUGCAGAGAAUCUGGAGGAGAAGAUCCACAAGCGGAAUUCUGUGCGUCUGGUCAUCCGGAAAGUUCAGUAUGCCCCAGAGAGGCCUGGUCCCCAGCCCACAGCCGAGACCACCAGGCAGUUCCUAAUGUCGGACAAGCCCUUACACCUAGAGGCCUCCCUGGAUAAGGAGAUCUAUUACCAUGGAGAACCCAUCAGCGUCAACGUCCAUGUCACCAACAACACCAACAAGAUGGUGAAGAAGAUCAAGAUCUCAGUGCGCCAGUAUGCAGACAUCUGCCUUUUCAACACAGCUCAGUACAAGUGCCCUGUUGCCAUGGAAGAGGCUGACGACACUGUGGCACCCAGCUCAACGUUCUGCAAGGUCUACACACUGACCCCCUUCCUGGCCAACAACCGUGAGAAGCGGGGCCUUGCCCUGGAUGGGAAGCUCAAGCAUGAAGACACGAACUUGGCCUCUAGCACCCUGUUGAGGGAAGGCGCCAACCGUGAGAUCCUGGGGAUCAUUGUUUCCUACAAAGUGAAAGUGAAGCUGGUGGUGUCUCGGGGCGGCCUGUUGGGAGAUCUUGCAUCCAGCGACGUGGCUGUGGAACUGCCCUUCACCCUAAUGCACCCCAAGCCCAAAGAGGAACCUCCUCAUCGGGAAGUUCCAGAGAACGAGACGCCAGUAGAUACCAAUCUCAUAGAACUUGACACAAAUGAUGACGACAUUGUAUUUGAGGACUUUGCCCGUCAGAGACUGAAAGGCAUGAAGGAUGACAAGGAGGAAGAGGAGGAUGGUACUGGCUCUCCACAGCUCAACAACAGAUAGACGGGCCGACCCUGCCUCCACGUGGCUCCAGCUCCACUCUCGUGCACUCGGAUGCUUAUUCGUCUUCCCAUUCUGGUUUCUCCUCCCCUUUGUUCUUCCAGUUUCUACCAGGGGACCCCCGUGGCCUUCCGGAUCACGGUGAUGAAUCUCUGGGCUCAGGAUUGGCCCCAAGUCACCAUGCCAACAGGACCACAGCACUCCAGCUUCACCCCAUCUCUGCCAUCGCCUCCCCACUCCCCUUCUUUACAUGCUGUCUCCCAGAAAAGCUUCCAGGGCUCUGGCCUUGGAAUUGGACUUGAGAUGGGGAGCAGGCAGGGAAGGAUGGGGCAUGUGUGUGGUGAGCAUGAGGGCUUGGAGGGGUGGGGAUGAGGGCUCAAGACAUAAGGGAAGAUGUCCAUGGUCCCAGGUGGUUAACACGGUUCUGGCAGCUAAAAGAUGACACAUUGAAGGCCACCUCCUGGCUGGGAGGGGCAGAACUGUGGACAGAUUCUCAAUGCCUUUUUGGAGUUCUGACCCACCAAAGACCUUCCACCUUCACCUGCCUUUCCACCCAAUGUCCUCAUGUCUGAUACCGACAUUGGUGAAAGUUCGUAGACCCCAGGAGUGCAGAAAAGCAGCUGGACUGACUCCUACCAGCAGUUACCUAGAUUGAGGCAACCUGCGUGGACUCGCCCAAGUCUAUUUCAGUAGUCAGGAUGUGACAUCUUAGCUACCUUGUAUUUCAUGUGCAUGGGCCUGCAGAGACAUGCACAGAGAAAAAGGCAGAGGGAGGGAGGGAGGGGGUCUUCAGCAAGCACCAGCCCCCUGCAGAGUGAGCUGAAGCUCCUGAGGAGAGUUCCCAAAGUUGGGGGCACUCGGAGAUGGGGGCAGGGGGAGGGGAGAGGGGAGUCUGUCUUAUGUCCCUUCCUUAUGGACUUCACAUGGUCAUGCAGGAAGCAAGGCUGGGGAUCCAGCGGGGGCCGAGGCCACUAGUAUCUCCCGCUUUCCCCUGCCAUUCCCCAGGGCUGGACUGACCCUGUGGACUGGGAGAGAGAGCCUGAGGCCACCAUGCCACAAUCAAAGGGGUUCCUACCCCAGAAGCUGGCAGCAUCCGUUGAGAUAUCCUCACCCAAAGGGAAGGAGGCUGCUGGGGCAAAGAAGCCCCUUCUUUUCUUGGGGAGUUGAUGACCUCCAGUAGUUCCCAGUGUCAUGGGUACCCAGUACACACAUACUGGUAUUGGUGUGAUUAAGACCUGGGGCAUUUCCUGGGGCAAGAGGCCAGAUGGGAGACGAGGUAGAAAGUGUUAGGAGUUAUCUUCCUUGCCUGGCCUUUGAGAAUAACUUGCUGUGUGACCUUGGACACGUUCCUUCCCCUCUCUGGGCCUCAGUUUCUCACUUGGUAAAGCAAAGAGCUUGACCAGAUGAUCGCAAUGGGCCCUCCUAGCUCCAGCCGCCAAGAAUUUGUGAACAUUAGAGCUCCUGGUCUGGUGAGUGGAGCGAGAGCUGCAGACUGGUCUCUCUGCCUCAAGAGGGGACUUAUUGGACCUCAGAGGUGACAGGGCCCUAUGGAGCACCAACUGCCCUGAACCCCACCCUCUGCCCAGGACUGGGAAGGGAAUUGAUGUCAGGCUGUGGCCAUAGCUAGUAUGAGUUGCUCAAGGAGGGACAGAGCAUGUAUUUGCUGAGGCUUAGCUGAGGGGCUUGUGACAGGUCCUCCAGUACCUCACAGCCCCAUGUGAAUGCAGACACCCUGAGGUUUACCCAAGCAAAUACAUUGAUUAGCAGGACAAGAGCUCUUUCCUCAAUUUCUGCUCCCUUCCAUCUCUGUCCCAUACUUGUCUGAAAAGAGAGACAAAAAAAUCUUAUCCAAGUGUGAUCUCAACCCUUUACAGUCCAGCACCUCCUGGGGCAGGCAGUGUGAUUAUUUCCCGUGGUGAAACCACCCGUUUCACAAUCCUGGGGCAGGCAGUGUGAUUAUUUCCCGUGGUCAAACCACCCGUUUCACAAUCCUGGCAGUGCACCUUCUGAGUCUCAUGACCACUCAACCCAAGGGACCGCUCUUCCCCAGACCAGAACCAAGUCAGCUGGGGCAGCGGUACUCCCCAGGCCAGUCUUGAGGACCUAGCAGCAGGUGUCCCAGCCCCUCUCAGAGCUUGCUGGGCAGGCUGCAUCUCAUCUGGGCAGGCACAGAACUGAUGAAAUGCUGGAGCAAUGCACGGCAAGCAUACGCCCUCCAGUGUCUUCCUCUGAAACCUUUGGGGCUGACACAAGACCCUUUAGUGUCCGGGAUGACCCCUCUCCUGCAGACCUCUUCCCCUGUUCCUAACGCAUGCAUGGAAGAGGUUUGUCAGGCUGGUUUCCCGAGCCUUCUCUCCACCUCAGCAUGAUACUCACUCUUGGGUUUAGCCUAGUGUUAUGUAGCAGAUUUCUCCAGCUGCAGGGAAGCAUCAGAGCACUUUUUUUCCUCCUAAGCCAGGACUGCACAAGGCAAUGGUCAAAUUUAGUUGAAUCCAGCCUAACCAUCCUUUGCUCAGCUCUAUGACUCAGCUCUACGCCAAGCGCAGGAGACACAGAGAUGGGUCAGUCUCAGCCCCUAUCCUCAGGAAGCCCGUGGUCAGGGGAACAUUGUAGGGGGAAGUAGUAGAGGGUAGGUCUCUUUAGGGCUCUUGGUGGCUGCUGGUCCUUAUGGUGCCUUGAUGUGAAUUAGAAGACGGUGCCCUUUCUGGGUGGAUUCAGACCCACACUAGACUGUGCAGCUUUGUGAGUGACACACAGGUUAGGUUUGGCACCCCUUGCACCAUGGCCAGGUGCCCUGCUGCAUGGCCAUGUGCUGUAGCCUUGAGGGACACACAGACUAAAGAGGCUGUGUUUCCUUCAGCCUCUUCCUGGAGAGGAAGGCCUGGGUCAUCUUUCCAAGCUUCUGGUCAGCUCCAAACACCGUCUCCCAGCCUCCGAACACGGCCGAGCAAGCGCUGCUCUGCAGAGCCCCUUUCCAUUCUGAAGUCAGCCUGCCCAGGUGAGACCUUGAAGUGAAACUAGGGGUGGGGGAGCUUCACUGGGCCCCCAGGCACCAGCCCACAGUAUUGAUGGUUUCUGUGCCAAGCAUUUGGGGUGGCAUAGAACUUUGCGCUGGCAAAGUCAUCCCUCACUGGGACAUUGCAGCGCUCCCUGUGGGUGGCAUGUGGAUAGCGGUCUGGGCAGGAAGGAAGAACAUGCCCCAGGGAAAACCCACCAAGCAGAGGGCCAGCUGGACCUCCUCAGCAUUUCACCGGGGGGAAGAGUUGAGUCCCCAUGAAGAUGAGGACUGAGUUAUUUGGCUGCACCCUCCUCAGCCUCAGAGCUCAGACCCGCUAGAGUGGGUUCACCUGGUUGUUGGUUUUGUGGGAGAGUUCCUGACAAGCUGGUUCCCAUGUGGUGCAGUCAGAGGAAUUCUGUCCUGGAAGUCCCCAGUGCUGCCUCUCAGUCCUGGCUGUCACCAACCACCUGGGGGACUUGGGCAAGCUACUCGACCUUUUGAGCUCAGUUUCCCUAACUGUAAAAUGGGACUGUAAUCCCUUCCCUGCCUGACGCAGGAAUUGUUAUGAGGCCCAGAUGAGAUGAAAGUCAGCGGUCGGGGCUCUGUACAUUGAAAAUGGCUGCACAGGUAUGGCCCUGCCACUGCAGGGAUGGCCCAAGGUCACACAGGAAGUUUGCUGCAGGAGGAGCCCUCCCCACCAGUCUUCAUCUCUUGCCCUACUUCUCACGUAGGCAGAUGUCAACAGAAUGAGAUACAGCCAGUUUGGCUUUGAUGACCCAGCUGAGAGUAGACACAAUUCAGGAAUAUCAUGCCCAAAAAUAGUGGUCCCAGCAACCAAGACACAGAGGGAAGACAUGGAUGCUGUCAGUGAUUGAUGGAUGGGGACAUCUUGGACCCUCCUCAGCCUGGUGUCACUCACAUCUUCCAUCUCUCAGACCCUACAGAGGCCAAGAGGCCUUGGCUCUGACCUCAGGUUAAAGAGCGCAUCCAGCUCCCAGGCUCAGGGAGUGGAAACCACCGCUAUUCCACCGCAGAAAUCUAAGGGCAAGGAGAAAUAGAAAUUGCUUGUUCCUUCCUUGAAAGUGUAAGGCCUCUUCCAGGAUCAACUGGAGCCACCACAGCUUCUCGGCGACAUUGGGAGGGCUUCGGGCCCAGGGAAAAUCCAAGCCUUUUGCCCUGAGAGCUGAGCCACAGGGGAUCCAUCCCCCAGUGGUGUCAGCGGCCCAGAGAAGUGGCUUCUCCUCUGCCAGUCACUGGGGAUGGAUGCUCCCCACCCAUUCAGGAGGAAGGGGUUAGGCCCCUGUCUUACACUCUUACAGGGUCUCAUGGACAUAGGCCUAUGCCUAUUCUGAUACAGAUAUUUUUUAAACUCAAUAAGGACCAAAACAGACCCCUGAACCCUCAUGUAUAUGGCCUGCAUUGGGCCUGGUGUUGUGUCCUCCUGGCCCAGGCAGCUCCAUGACUUCUGCCCUCCCUCCUGGACUAAAGUGGCAGGAUCCCCAUCUCUGCCUCUUCCCUACAGGGUCACUGCACAGCAGCUUCAAAGAGAGGCCCUGUUGAAGGGGAAACAUCUUCCCCGCAUCAUGCUCCCAAGUCCUCACCCCAAAAGAAGUUAAAGCACAGGUCCGUGGGACCCAUGGUUCGUAGACACCGACAGUGGUUUUCAAACCAGGUGCUGUGGAACCCCUGGUAUUCCACAGAGCUUUGUCAGGGGCUGCUAAGGUGGGAAGAUGGGAGUGGAGGCAAAGGAUAGGUUUCCAGCCCUCCUCCCAUUUCCACCUCCACCAGAACAACUCUGCUUUUAUGUCUUGCCAACUGAGAUUUCAUUUUCAAGCUUUCUUUGAAGAAAAACUUCAAACCACCAUCUUGAAGUUUGAUCUUAGACCAGCAAGCACAGGUUCUAUUCUUGCUGUUCAUGUUGGAAUGGCUCCAGCACUCCAGCAUUCCAGUACAAAGUGUCUUUGCAUUGGAACUUGGGUCACAGACCCAGGCCCAAUCAUUUACACACACACACACACACACACACAACACACACACACACACAAUUGAUGGUUUUUCUAGCCAACCCACCCUGAAGCUCUGGCCAAGGUUUGAUUUGGACAGGGGACUGGCCCUCAGUGGGGAUGGGUCCCAUGGGGAUUUGGCUCAUGAAGUAUGGGGAGCUCUGGAGCAAGGAAACAGCCUCAAUCCCCCGCCGAGGACUUGUGUCUGCAUCCCUGUGUGGGGCCCCACUUUCCUGGCCCAGGCCCAGUGGACAGCAGGAGAAGCAGGGUGAUGAGAGAGAGGCUAGGGUUAAAUUCAUCUUUACAUAAAGCCAGUAGGAUGGAAAUCUUGGCUUACAUAAAAGACAGACUCAGGGAGGAUUUUAUGACAAAAGUCCCUCCUUUGAUGGCAGGAUUCCCCCAGGAAUCCUGGACAUUUUGGUGAGACCUGGACCAGCCCUUGGCACAAAAUCCUGCCUGCCCUGUCCCCCACCCACCACCCCCAGGGAAUUCUAGGUGAAAAUGUGGAGCUCAGGGCACAGCAAGCGCAUGACAUGGGUCUACUACAUUGGUCUGAGUGUGUCCUUAGUUUCCCUGUGUGUAAAAUGGGGCUAGUGUCAGGCUCUUCCCACCCCACUGGGACGAUUGCAAGGGUCAUAGGAGAGGUGGAUAUGGUGGUCAUAUGAGGUGGUGAGUAUGAGAGGUAGGUGACUCACAAACUUGGGAUAUGGUCCUGACCUCUACGGUAGAUGAGCAGAGCACUUGGGAACUAGCAUAGGAAGUGCCGUCUUCUUGGGCAUCUCUGCUCAGUGUUAAGGUCUAGCUGCAGAUGCUGUGGGACCUGCCUCUUUCUAUGGAAUGGGAGCCUGCAUGGAUUGUGUCCUGGGGCGGGAGUGAGAGAUGGCUGAGAAGAGUCUCCAGGUCUGUGGCCCUUUUGUUGAGUGAUUAUUUUGUGCCACUCUCAUUCCUGGACCACCUGCCAGGUUUAUCUGUUAUACCUGUGGCAUUCUUAUUAUGUCAGACGAGUUAUUAUAGUUUAUUCAAUUCUAACAAAUGAACAAAAGAACAAUAAAUAGGAGGCCAUUAAAGGUCUUUUGUGACAGAG